AUGGAAGUCCCAACAAAGCCUUCUUCUUGUAUCUCCAAGUGGCAAUGCUCUUCAACUAAAAGCAAAAUUGUUCAAAACUUCAAUCCUAUAUGCCAAGCUGUCCAAAAACUAACUCUCAAAGGAAAGUUUGUGAUCACCUUGAAUCAAAAGAAAUCAAUACCUGGAAAAUUCAUUUCUGUUCAGAUUUAUAGCGGCACAGAAGUCGAUCCUAAUACCGGUAAAGGAUGGUUGAGUGAAAAAGCAUAUUUUAAAGAAUGUGGUAGCAAGAAACAUCACCAUGAUGAAGUUGAUGAUACACAAAUCAAGAUUAAGACAUAUAAGAUUAAGCUACAUGUUGAUGCGAAUUUUGGAAUUCCGAGAGCUUUUGUGAUUCAAAACAAAAACAGCAAGAAAUUCUAUCUUCUUUCUGCAUCUAUUGAAACUUGUACCAAUAGAAUCAUUCACUUUGAUUGCAAUUCUUGGAUUUAUCCAAUCAAGAAGACUAAAUUCGAUAGACUUUUUUUCUCAAAUAGAUGCUAUGUUCCGAGUCAAACACCUAGAGCUUUGUUGGAACUAAGAAAUGAAGAGCUUGAUCAAUUGAGAGGUGAUGGAAUGGGAGAAAGAAAAGAAUGGGAUAGAAUCUAUGACUAUGACUACUACAACGUUCUCGGCGAUCCUGAUAAAGGUUCGGAGCAUUUUAGACCUGUCUUGGGAGGUUCGAGGUUAUAUCCAUAUCCACGUCGAGUUAGAACAGGUCGAAAAAGUAGUUCAACAAAUUUUGACAUAUAUGUUCCUUCAGAUGAGAUGUUUACCCCUAACAAAUUGAAGGAGCUCAAGUCAAAUUCUAUCCAAGCCAUAGUACAAUUACUACCUUCAAAGACGGAAUCGUUACAUCAACAAAGUUCGAGAAACGUUGAAUCAUUUGAAGAGAUACUUAACAUGCUCUCUAGCAAUAGAAACCAAACAAUAGAGGGAUGGAUCAGAGACAACUUAAAGAAAUUGGUGCCAAAUGAGGACUUAAAGGAAAUAACUCAUGCAAUCAAGGAAAACCAGAUGCAUGUUCCUAUCCCUCAAAACAUACAUGAAAAUGAAUGGGCUUGGAGUGAUGACAUGGAAUUUGGACGACAAAUGCUUGCAGGAACACACCCUGUCAGAAUCCAGUGCUUGAUGACAUAUCCACCUCAAAACAAAUAUGGAGUACAAAGUUCAAUAAAACAAUCAACCAUAGAACAGAUGCUUGAAGGAUGGACACUUCCUCAGGCUUUGGAACAAGGAAGAAUAUUCAUGUUGGAUCACCAUGACUAUCUCAUGCCAUAUUUGAACAGAAUAAAUGCAAAUGGGGUAUGUGCUUAUGCAUCAAGGACACUUCUUUUUUUAAGGAGUGAUGGCAUGCUUAAGCCACUGACCAUAGAACUCAGCUUACCAGGCUCUUCUCUAGCUCUUGAAAUCCAUAGAAUUUUUCUUCCAUCAAAGCAAGGGACACAAGCAGCACUCUGGCAACUUGCCAAAGCUCAUGUUUUAGCUAAUGAUACUUUUUACCAUCUACUAGUUAGCCAUUGGUUAUACACACAUGCAGUUGUUGAACCAUUUAUCCUUGCUACCAAAAGAAGGCUAAGUGUAAUGCAUCCAAUCCAUAAGAUAUUGAACCCUCAUUUCAAAGACACCAUGCACAUAAAUGCCUUGACUAGACAUACCCUUAUCAACUCUGGAGGAAUUCUUGAGAAAAUAUUAUUUCCCGGCGAAACCUGUAUGCAAAUAACAUGUGAUCACUAUAAAGAUUGGAAAUUUAUCGAACAAGGACUUCCUUCUGAUCUUCUCAAAAGGGGCAUGGCUGUAGAAAGCCUAGAUGAGAACAACCCAAAUGGGAUUCAACUUCUCAUGUUGGACUAUCCCUAUGCCAUUGAUGGACUUGAAAUAUGGGCUGCCAUAAAAUCAUGGGUCAAUGACUUCUGCUCAUUCUUCUACAAAGACAAUGACUCCAUCGUAGCUGAUGUAGAACUCCAAGCAUGGUGGUCAGAGAUUCGAUCUAUUGGCCACGGCGACAAGCACAACGACACAUGGUGGUACCAAAUGACAACACUCUCAAAUCUUGUAGAAGCAAUAACAACUCUCAUAUGGAUUGCUUCGGCACGCCAUGCAGUUAUAAACCACCAAAAACAUUCUCAUAAUGAUAAUUCUCCCACACUAUGCAGGAAAUUUGUCCCAGUAGAAGGAACGGUUGAAUUUGGUGAGUUCCUUAAGGAUCCUGAUAAGUUCUUCAUGAAGAUGUUACCUGAUAGGUUUGAGACGAGCCUUGGUUUGGCAUUGGUAGAUUUGCUCUCAAAAAAUGCUUACGAUGAAAUGUACUUGUUGAGAUGUCAACCAUCACAUGGUUGGAUAGAUAAUGAAAUCGUUCAGAAUAGAUUUGCUGAGUUCAAAGAAGAACUUAAGGAGAUUCAAAUAAGGAUCUUGCAAAGAAAUAAAGAUCCUAAGCUCAAGAAUAGGCGCGUCCCUGCAAAAAUUGAUCAUAACAUUUUGUAUCCCAAGAUGCCUAGUUCUGGAUCAAGAAGAUGGAAUCAUGGGAAGAGGAGUGUCUUAUAA